UGGAGCCACGCAGGUAUUGCACAAUCACGAGCUGCCGCUGUAACAUGCUACAGGAGGCCGGAACAGUGUCGUACAGGACUUAAAUAUACUUCUUAACGGGCUUGGGCAGUGGUGUACGAUAAACAAGAUGUCAAUUAAUCCCAACAAAUCGAAGAUUGUGCAUUUCCGUAGCCAGGCAGUGACAAGAACGGAUAGUUUAUUCCAGUGUAGCGGCAUUAGUUUGGAAAUAGUGGAGAGUUACUGUUACCUCGGUUUGUUACUGACAGAACAUCUGGACUACACUCGGAUGGGGAAUGCCGUGGCAAGUGCUGCAAGUCGUGCUCUAGGACUUCUCAUAUCAAAGAGCAAGAUUCUAGGAGGGAUGGAGUACAAAACAUUUACCAAGCUGUAUGACUCCAUGGUGUGGGCAACGAUAGACUAUGGAGCUGCGAUAUGGGGAGCUCAUCACAUUCCAGCUAUCAGCACCGUACAUAACAGGGCCAUGAAGUAUUUUAUGGGAGUGAGGAAGUCAACCCCAAACAGCGCUGUAUCAGGGGACAUGGGAUGGGAGCCACCGGUUGUACGGCUAUGGAGAAGUGUAGCAAGGCAACGACCCGUCUACUGGCACUGUCACGUGACCCCGCUUGACAGUCAAGGGUGUGUGCAGCCAUGUGAGGACAGACACUACUGCUCUGUAGGAGUUGAAGCUGAACGCGACAGGUUUCCGUGGCAAUACCUGGAUACUGAUGAUCAUACUGAAGUGCGGGACUGUACAUGUAUAGGCCUCAGUGACCCUUACGCUGAAUGUAUCACAGGCUUCUGUGGACGUAUGAGUGGUCUCAAUGCGAGUCAGGCGACGAACAUUUGA